AUGGAGCAAGCACCCAGCGCGCCGAGCCCUCCUCCAAAGCCGGCUCACCACGAGCCCAUCAGCUUCGGCAUCGACCAAAUCCUGGGAGCCGGUACAGAGCCAGAAAACGGGCGCACGUCUGGAAGGCAAAGUGGAUCCGAUCUGAGCACCGGGGACGGUUAUUACAGUUUAGGAAGCCCGACCGGGGCCAGCGCGCCCUCAUACACCGCGCUGUCCAUCUCCCUCUCCGGGAUAAUGCCUCCGGUGGAGGCUCCGGGGUCGUACGGGGAGAGCAGGGGUCUGGGCAGCCGGGGAGUGAUUCGGGUCCCGGCCCACAGACCCAUGACAGCCCCGGGACCCCCGGUGCAGAGCGCUGUCCCGGGUUUCGGAGGGCUGUGCUUCCCCUGGAUAGGAAACCGGUUCGCCAAGGACAGAAUAUCAGCGGCUCUGGUUCCGUUCGCCGUCACGAGGCGGAUAGGACACCCGUACCAGAACCGGACGCCGCCCAAACGGAAAAAGCCCCGCACGUCCUUCUCCAGAGUCCAGAUCUGCGAGCUGGAGAAGCGCUUCCACCGGCAGAAGUACCUGGCCAGUGCCGAGCGAGCAGCCCUGGCCAAGAGUCUGAAGAUGACGGACGCGCAGGUCAAGACCUGGUUCCAGAACCGCAGAACCAAGUGGAGGAGACAGACAGCCGAGGAAAGGGAGGCGGAGCGUCAGCAGGCCAAUCGCCUCAUCCUUCAGCUGCAGCAGUCCGCCCUCCAGAAGUCCCUCAGCGAAUCAGCGGUGUCGGAUCCACUGUGCGCCCAUAACUCCUCCCUGUAUGCCCUGCAGAACCUCCAACCCUGGGCCGAGGAGAGGGAAUAG